AUGGCGCUUGGUGCGAUGCUGGAACCUCUGAUUGUGGUCAGCCUCUUGGUGUUUGGCACCAUCGUUAACCGCAACAAGGUUAGCGGUGCCAACUUCGGGCUACCGCGGUCUUCCACUCGGCCGGAACCAUGGCAGCACCUUAAGUACGCCGCGGAUCACGAGACCAACGACGAUGUCGAAACAGGCUGCGCCAGAGAAGACGAACUUACCCUCCUGCCGCCUACACUGAGCCGCUUUAGCAGCAGUUCGAGUGAUACUCUCAUGGAUGAUGUUUCGGCAAAGACGGCACCGCGGUGGCGGAAACGAAGAUUGCGGUGUCUGGGUUGGGAGAAGGAGGUCACGACACCGAAUACUGAGAUCUUCAAGGACCGUUUUCUCAGCCGGGUGCUCCAGAGGUUUCCGUUCCUCGUCGAGGUGUGGUAUUGGGCGCUGAUCUACUGGGUCUAUCAACUCGGUCGCGCCUUUACGGCUGUCACGCUCCAAGAGUCCACGGUCAACACCGCGCGCGAACACGGCCUUCAGGUUAUCCAUGCUGAACAAGCUCUUGGUUUGUUUGUCGAGCCUGCUGUGCAACAAUGGUUCCUCAAAAGGCCCACGCUGAUGCGCUGGACUAACAAGACGUAUUCGUUUAUCCACAUUCCGGGUACUAUCCUCUACCUGAUCAUCCUGUACCACAUCACGAUCGCCCGGCCACGACAUAAGCUGUUACAGGAGGAGAGAUACAGAGACGGGUCGGACGGGCACUGGCCGGCCACGCUGAAGAACUGGCGAGAGCGGGCGCCUGCUUUCGGACCGCCGAUCUACGAGCGACGGAGGCGGACCAUGGCAAUGUGUAAUCUAUUGGCGUUUAUUGUCUUCACAUUUUGGCCAUGUAUGCCGCCACGACUUUUGAGCGAUCCUACCUACAUGGGAGAGAACUCUGAGGAGGCCAAGGGGUACGGGUUUAUCGACACUGUGCACGGCGCGGACGGUGACAGCAGUGUCUGGACUACAAAUCGGUUUUGUAACCAGUAUGCCGCGAUGCCGUCCCUUCACUUUGGAUACUCGUUCCUUAUCGGUUUGACCAUCGCCGCCGUCCCACUCCUACGCAACAAGCGCAAGUCGCUUCUCUCCCUUGGCGGCCGCCGCACUGUAAUCAUCGCCAUUGGCAUGGUGUACCCGGCCAUCAUUCUGACCGCCAUCGUGGCGACAGCUAACCACUAUGUGCUGGAUGCCGUGGCAGGAGCGGUCGCGUGCACCGUUGCGUGGAUGUGCAACGACGUGUUGUUGAACUUGGUCCCGCUGGAGGAUUAUUUUUUGGCGACCCUGAGGAUACAUAAGCCGUGA